AUGGACGCGCGACAGGACUACCACCGGGAGGCCUCGAUUGAGAACGGUAUGGCUCUCACCGUAGAGAGGCUCUUAUCUGAAGCUAGUAACCAGCGAGACCGUCAUUACGCGGAGACACCUGAGCGCCCCUUUAGUGAGGAACCAGAUGGACAAGAAGACAGUUCAAACGACGAAGUGAACCUUGGCGACGAUAAGAACCUUGACGAUGAAGGUGACGAGUAUGCUCGUGACAUACUUGAUGAUCCCUCUGACGGAGAGUCAGACUUCCAACCUGGGGAAGACUCCGAGGAAUCAGACGAUCCAGACGGCGAAAUGAACAUUGAUGGAGCACAUGACACGGAUCUUCAAGAUAUGCUUGAUGACCUUUCUGACGGGAUAUCAGACUUCGAGCUUGGAGAAGACGCAGAGGAGCAUCAGCUCAAUGGGGAAUCAGAUAGCCAAGACAACAUCUCAGACGACGAAAUGACCGUUGACGACGAAGCCGAUGAGGAUCUUGAAGGCGUGUUUGACCCUCUUUCUGAUGGCCCAUCAGAUGACGAACAUGGCGAAGAGACAGAGCAGCAGGAUCAACAAAACGCCGCCCCGGAAGACCCUGCGACACAAGCGUAUGCGCAAACAGAAACGAAGGAAUGCAUCUGCUGCGAGGAAAUGUUCCCAAUCAUGACAGUCCAACAGGUGCCAUGCGAGCAUGAAUAUUGCUGUCCAUGCCUCAUCAGAACGUUCGAACUAUCCCUCACGUCCCCUUGGCACUUCCCCCCAGAUUGCUGCGAUGAAGAGAUCCCCCUCAGAGUCAUCGAACAGCAUCUACCUGAGAAUGUCGUACAGCGGUAUCGCGAGAAAUUGGUUGAGCACGAGACAAGGGAUCGAACUUAUUGCAGCAACCGUCAAUGCCUCAAGUUCAUUCCACCCAAGAACAUUUCCGACUCUGGUGAGCCGUGCUACAGGGACGAGGAGCAGUGCCCUGCUUGCAACGAGAUCACUUGCACCAAUUGCAAGAACAAGGCGCAUACCGGCGCCUGCGAGCAGCAGGUUGAGAGGGACCAGGCCUUGGCUCUCGCGGAGAGCGAAGGCUGGAAGCGAUGUGCACGCUGCGGCCACCUCAUCGAGCGGAAUGGUGGCUGCACACAUCUGGUGUGUCUCUGCGGUCAUGAGUUCUGCUACAUCUGCGGUGAAGAAUAUGGGGGAUGCGAGUGUCAAUAG